UCUCCUCUCCUCUCCUCUCCUCCCAUCCUAGAGGACAGAGCGAUGCGGAGACAAUAGGACGCAGAGCCGGAGGAGUCUGCAGGAUGCUCGGCGCCACAUCCACCGUCACAAGGUUGCACGGAGGCUAUUCACAGGAGAUCAGGCGUUUCUCCCAACUCACCUGGCCUUAGUAUGCUCUCAGACCAUCCCGUGUGUUCACCGGCAGCUUGGACUGACAGUGCGGACUCCACAGCCUCCAUAUGGGAACCAAUUGAAGGUGAUACCAGCUGUUAGCUGUCCCACCUGAGCGUCUGUUUCCCAGUUUUUUCUCUUGGCCCGUCCCCUAAAGCGGUCCCUAGCAUGAGUUCUUCUCCGCUGGUAUCUCGAGCCAACAUGGACAUCCUGGACGAGCUGCAGCUGAUCGCAGCCCAGAACCUGGAGAGGCUGGAGGUCAACAAGUACUACGAGGUGAUUAGGGAGCUGGGCAAGGGCACCUAUGGCAAGGUGGAUCUGGUCAUUCACAAGAUCAGAGGUACAAAAAUGGCACUGAAGUUUCUGAAGAAGAAGACAACAAAGCUGAAGUCGUUCCUGCGGGAGUACAGCAUCUCACUCUACCUGUCCCCCUGCCCUUUCAUCAUCAACAUGUUCGGCAUCGCUUUCGAGACAGAUGACUACUAUGUGUUCGCACAGGAGUACGCUCUGGCAGGGGACCUUUUCGAUAUCAUUCCUCCACAGGUUGGUCUUCCUGAGGCAGUGGCAAAGCGCUGUGUGCACCAAGUAGCCAUCGCUCUGGACUACCUGCACUGUAAGAAGCUGGUCCACAGGGACAUCAAGCCUGAAAACAUCCUCAUUUUUGACCGAGAGUGCCGCAAAGUUAAGCUGUCUGAUUUUGGCAUGACCCGCCGAGCUGGCUCACCUGUGAAAAGAGUGAGUGGCACCAUUCCCUACACCGCCCCAGAGCUCUGUGACGUGUCCCGCCACGAGGGUUUCUGCGUGGACUACAGCACUGACGUUUGGGCCUUCGGUGUGCUGCUCUUCUGUAUGCUGACUGGCAACUUCCCCUGGGAGAAGGCGCUGCCCUCCGACUCCUUCUACCAGGAGUUCAUCCGCUGGCAGAGGAGGAGGACAAACACGGUGCCGUCCCAGUGGAGGCGCUUCACUGAGCAGGCCCUCCGCAUGUUUCGGCGACUGCUUUCGGUGGAACAGGACCGCCGCUGCUCCGUCAAAGAGGUUUUCGGGUAUUUCAGCCACUCCUGGAUGCUGGACGCAGAGAACAACACCAACAAUGGCAAUGGCAACAGCAACAGCGGAGGUGGUGGAGAGAGGGUGGGCGGCGGAGGAGGAGGAGGAGGAGGAGUGCGGGAAGAGGUGGAAGGCACUAUCUCGUCAUCUUCAUCUGGGGAGGAAGAUGAGGAGCUCCUUGUGGAGAGGAUGAAGCAGCAGACUUUAUCUCCUCUCUCCCCGCUGUCACCUCUUUCUCCCAUGUCUCCGGUGGCAGUGGAGAGGGGGAGUGGUGGCGGGGCUAAGGGCAUGAUGGAACCAGGCGGUGGCCACCAUUUUGUUUCCGUCUCCACCAACAGCUCUGUGUCAUCCACCAACAGCUACGAUCGAAUGCCGCGAGAAAACAGUUCCCCAGGUGGCCGCAUGCUGGUGGCCACGCCUAUUGAAAUCUGCGUCUGAGUGCGUCAGAACGUUGAUGUUUUCACAGAUCCACUGGUACACACUUUUUAUACCUCUCAUCCAAAUGUGCAUGCAUGGAAAAAGAAACAAACUGAUAAUGAGUACUAACAUGUAUCCUGUUAUAAACAUCUUGGGAAAGGAAGAGCACAUGAAAGACUUAACAGAGAGUAUUUGUAGAAUGCUUACAUUUUGCAUGAGGUAGGGCUUUUGGUCGAAUUGGAGUCAAAAGACUCCAUGAGAAGCCCCAUGUACACAUUGAUUUCAAUGGUGUGUGCAUUUGCAGUUUCGUGAAACCCAGAGGAAAAAUGAAAAAUUGCUACCAUUAGAGAUUCUGUCAGUCUACCAUCCGAAAAGAAGACCAAAAUGUAUUUCUUAAA